AAUGCAAUAGCAAAAUGUCAUCUCCUUGGCUACGGCUUUAGUGGAGCUAAAGAAGACGAAGAAGGAGGCUCGGCCCGGUUGAAAGGAGUCAUUGUGGUGCGGGAUGAGCGGGUGUGUGUAAGUUAGCACGCCCCCUCCUCCUUGACUAUCUUCUGAGCAGAGAGGAGGGAUUAGUUAAUGAGCACACACACAUACACACAUCACCUCCUCGUCGGGGCUACUCCGCGACGUGGAAACUAAGUGUAAAGCUUGAAUCAUGCCCCUCGUCAUCCUCGCCGACUGGAAGCGUGAUCGAAAUUGGGCGAAAUUCGGAUAACAACGAGUGAAGUUUCCAGGUCUGUCUUCCAACUACCACCACCAGCACCUCCGCCGGCCGCCACCCGCCCUCCUCCGCAGUACUCCCGGGAAAAUGCGCCCUUACCACGGGCUCCUCCGCUGCCCCCACUCCACACUCCUCGCAUGUGCUCGAUAUGUUGAAGUGAGCACGGGCAAGGAAUAGAAACGUUUUUUUUUUUAAUAUAAACGCGUGUGGAUACUUUUUAUUUGUAGGUUGAACUAAACAACUGGUUGCUCCAAUUCAACAUGGGGAACGCAGGGAGCAUGGACCAGCACACGGAUCUCAGGGGCCACAAUAUGCCCCUAAAACUACCAAUGCCGGAUCCGGGGGAGCUGGAGGAAAGAUUCGCUAUAGUUUUGAACUCAAUGAAUCUUCCGCCGGACAAAGCUCGCCUCUUGCGGCAGUACGACAACGAGAAGAAGUGGGAGCUCAUCUGCGAUCAGGAACGAUUCCAAGUGAAAAACCCCCCACACACCUACAUCCAAAAACUGAGGGGUUAUCUUGACCCGGCAGUCACAAGAAAGAAAUUCCGCCGACGAGUUCAGGAGUCCACCCAAGUCCUGAGAGAACUGGAAAUUUCAUUGCGGACCAAUCAUAUAGGGUGGGUGAGAGAGUUCCUGAAUGAAGAAAACAAAGGCCUGGACGUGCUGGUGGACUAUCUUUCUUUUGCACAGUACGCCGUCACGUUCGAUGGCGACGCUGUGGAAAACAGUCCAGAGGCCCUGCUGGACAAGUCUAAACCUUGGAGUCGCUCCAUCGAGGACCUGCACGGAGGCGGCACGCUGCCAUCGCCCCUCGGCGGCAACGGCAUCACCCGGGCGGGCCGGCACUCAACGUUACGAUGUAACACUUUGCCCAGCCGCAGGACACUGAAGAACUCCAGGCUGGUCUGCAAGAAAGACGACGUUCACGUCUGCAUCAUGUGCCUGCGUGCCAUCAUGAACUACCAGUACGGCUUCAACAUGGUCAUGUCCCACUUAAAUGCUGUGAAUGAAAUUGCACUAAGUCUCAACAAUAAAAACCCAAGAACCAAAGCUCUGGUGUUGGAACUCCUGGCGGCAGUUUGCCUCGUGAGGGGAGGUCACGAAAUCAUCCUUGCUGCCUUUGACAACUUCAAGGAGGUUUGUAUGGAAGAGCAGCGCUUUGCGAGGCUAAUGGAGUAUUUCAAGAACGAAGACAACAACAUCGAUUUCAUGGUGGCCUGCAUGCAGUUCAUCAACAUUGUGGUGCACUCGGUGGAGGACAUGAACUUCCGGGUUCAUCUGCAGUAUGACUUCACCAAGCUGUCUUUGGACGAAUUCUUAGAUAAAGUCAAGCACACGGAGAGCGAUAAGCUGCAGGUUCAGAUCCAGGCCUACUUGGACAACGUGUUUGACGUCGGCGCGCUUCUGGAGGAUGCAGAGACCAAAAAUGCUGCCCUCGAGCGUGUGGAGGAGCUGGAAGAGAACAUGUCACAUUUGACAGAGAAGCUGCUGGAUGCAGAGAACGAAGCCAUGGCCAAAAUAGUGGAGCUGGAGAAGCAGCUGAUGCAGACAAACAAGGAUCUGGAAGGCAUGAAGGAAGCCUACAAAGACACCAGCGGGAAGCUCCACUCGCUGCGGCAGAUCUUGAAGGAGAAGGACGAGGCCAUCCAGCGACAGAGUCACCUGGAGAAGAAGAUCCACGAGCUGGAGAAGCAGGGCACCAUCAGGAUACACAAAAAGGGAAACGGCGACAUCUGCAUCCUCCCGUCGUCGCCCUCCGGCGUCGUCGUCGAAGGGUUCCCCAGUGCCACGGUGGGCGGAAACGGCGUCGGCGUCCACAGUCCGGCGCACGCGGGAAGCGGAGCGGGGGCUGCGGCGCCUGCGCCGCCUCCGCCGCCCCCGCUGCCAGAGAACGGCUCAGUGCCAAACGGACCGACGUCGACCACUCCUGCAGCGGCUCCUCCUCCGCCGCCGCCGCCCCCGCCGCCGCCGCCCCCGCCUCCUCCCCCGCUUCCACUCGCCAUGUCAGGCCACUCACCUCCCCCGCCGCCUCCUGCUGCUCCUCCACUGCCCGGCUGCGGAACCCCCACUGUUAUCAUGAACUCGGGUUUAGCCGCCGUUAAGAUCAAGAAACCCAUCAAAACCAAGUUCCGCAUGCCCGUCUUCAACUGGGUGGCCCUGAAACCCAACCAGAUCAACGGGACCGUCUUCAACGAGAUCGAUGACGAGAGGAUACUGGAGGACCUGAACGUGGAUGAGUUUGAGGAAAUGUUUAAGACGAAAGCCCAAGGCCAGGCGGUGGAGUUGACGCUGAGCAAGCAAGUUAUUCAAAAGGGACCCAACAAGGUGACGCUGUUGGACUCCAACAGAGCAAAGAACUUGGCCAUUACGCUAAGGAAAGUGGGCAAGACGCCUGAGGAGAUCUGCAAAGCCAUUCAGCUCUUCGACCUGCGCACUCUGCCCGUGGACUUCGUGGAGUGCCUCAUGCGCUUCCAGCCCACCGAGAACGAGGUGAAGACCCUGCGCCAGUUCGAGAAGGAGCGCAAGCCGCUGGAGAGCCUGACUGACGAGGACCGCUUCAUGAUGCAGUUCAGCAAGAUCGAGCGGCUCAUGCAGAAGAUGACCAUCAUGGCCUUCGUCGGCAACUUCGCGGAGAGCAUCCAGAUGCUCACGCCGCAACUCCAUGCGGUCAUUGCGGCGUCGGUGUCCAUCAAGUCAUCACAGAAGCUGAAGAAAAUUCUAGAGAUUAUUUUAGCCCUCGGAAACUACAUGAACAGCAGCAAAAGAGGAGCAGUUUAUGGGUUCAAGCUUCAAAGUUUGGACCUGCUCCUCGACACCAAGUCGACGGACCGCAAGAUCACGCUGCUGCAUUACAUCGCUAACGUGGUGAAGGAGAAAUACACGCAGGUCUCCUUCUUCUACAACGAGCUGCACUACGUGGAGAAAGCGGCAGCAGUGUCGCUGGACAACGUCCUGCUGGAUGUGAAGGAGCUGCAGAGAGGCAUGGAGUUGACCAAGCGGGAGUACAGCAUGCACGGCCACAACACCAUGCUCAAGGACUUCAUCGCGCACAACGAGAGCAAGCUGAAGAAGCUGCAGGACGACGCCAAGAUCGCGCAGGAUGCCUUUGACGAAGCCGUCAAGUUCUACGGGGAGAGUUCCAAAACCACGCCGCCGUCCGUCUUCUUCCCCGUGUUUGUGCGCUUUGUCAAGGCCUACAGGCAAGCCGAAGAAGACAACGAGCAAAGAAAGAGGCAACAGCAACUCCUGAUGGAAAAACUUCUGGAGCAAGAGGCCUUGAGGCAGGAAGAACAAAAGUCUCCCUCCCAUAAGAACAAAAGGCAACAGCAGGAGCUGAUCCAGGAACUGCGGAAGAAGCAAGUCAAAGACAGCCGCCAUGUUUACGAAGGCAAAGACGGCGCCAUCGAGGACAUCAUCACGGUGCUGAAGACGGUGCCCUUUACCGCCCGCACCGCCAAGCGUGGCUCUCGGUUCUUCUGCGAGCCCGCCCUCAAUGAGGAGUACCAUUACUAAGCUUGUAGAAAGUCUCUGGCACAAAAACAACAAGGUUGCCGGAACUCUCCGUUCUUCCCCCGCCAUCCCUCCUCCCCCCACACACGUUGUCCUCAAACAGCCUUGCACGCCUACUAACUUUCACACGACCUUGCCGUGGUGACGCCAGCGUGAGUGCGGGUUUGUGUUUUUUAAUGGUGUUUUCCUCCCUCCUGAUCACAAGGUGUUGGUGAAGGUCCACCUGCAUGAUGUCAUGAAUCAUCCUCUAAUAUUUAUCAUUUCAUCAUUCCAUCAUUCGCCCCACUCAAGAGUUGACUUAUAGCUCCAUGCUGCCCCUUAGUGGCCGUGGAUGGAAAUGCGCUCUAGUGAACCGCUUGACAAUACGUUGUGACGAUAUAAUUUUCAGUGAUUUU